CAUCGGAGGAGAAAAUUCAGUAUCUUCUUUUUCACUACAUUGAAGCAAAUCUACCAAAUCUCGUCCGCGGAUUUGGUUUGCAUCCUUCAUCGUCUCAGAAAAGCCGUUAUUUGUGAACAAUUCUACAUGGCGAACAGACCUAUGAGAAAAGCUGAAUGCGGUUGCGAUACACCGAUAGAGAUGUCCUCGAUAAAAGAACUGCAACAUUUUGUGUCCUGUGCACUACGAUGUCUCCGAUUUAGAUUCAUCCGGGAAGACGAUGAUUUCGAGGAUGAAUCGGUUGUGUUCUAUCCCGUAAUGGCCCAUCAAGUUUUCGGUUCUGAGGAGAGCAUUUUCGGUUAUCAGGAUUUGAAGGUCGAUAUAUGUUUCGCGGCCGGAUCAAUGGAUAUGUAUUUUAACAUGACGUAUUCCAAAAAGAUUGAAGAUGUGAAUUCGUGGGGAAUCAAAGCAGAUGAUGUUGAAAAACUAUUUGCUUCACUAGUGGAAGACGGUUGCUACUAUACAAACCUAGAAGAGUACAAGAAAGUUAUCAAGCCCAAAAUAGAGUCAUUUAAACCAUUUGGAGUGAAAAUUGAUGAAUUCAAAGUAAAUCCCGAACCCAAAAAAUACAGAGACCGAGAAUUCGAAGUGUAUGCGAGCGACGUCAGUGAUAAAGAGUUUCUUAAAUUCCAUGCUAGAAUGGAGUCUUUGUCCUUCUUCUACAUUGACGCGUUUAGCCGUGUGGACCAUGAUCCUUUGUGGUUGUUUCUAAUGAUAUAUGAGAAAUAUACAGACAGCAACGAUGAGAUGCGAUACGGUGCCGUUGGUUUCGUCUCGAUAUAUAAUUUCUUCGCCUAUCCAAAUUCUACAAGGCCACGCGUGAGUCAGAUUUUCAUAAUGCCCCCAUUCCAGAAUCUGGGAAUCGGUACCAGACUUAUUGAGACCACCAUACACAAUUAUUUUGUCAAUAAGAAGGAAAUAGCUGACAUCACAUACGAGGAACCAACUGACGUCGUACAAUACAUCCGUUCGGUGGUGGAUGCUAAACGCUGUAAAACGCUGCCAGCGUUCUCGAAGAAAAAACUCUUAAAAGGAUUCAGCAAGGAAAUGCUCAGCGAGGCAAAAGAGUCGUUUAAAAUCAAUCCAAAACAUUGUCGUGUGAUUUACGAAAUUCUGCGCCUGAGAGCAACUAACACCGAAAACCCUGAAGAAUACCGUAGCUAUCGGCUGGAAGUGAAAAAGCGGUUGAAUUCGAACUACUGUAAACAUCGUCGUGAUUUGGAACGUCUACAAAAGCGAGGCUUGGACAUGACCGGGGCCUUCAAUGCUAUUCCCCCGGUAGAAGAACGAAUGGAGCAAUUGGAUGCGGAGUACAAGGAGUUGGAGAAAGUUUACUAUAAAGUGUUGAAGAAAAUUAAGAAAACGUCUAAGCCACACGCGAAAAAGUAGAUGAAUUUACAUGGUGUCCUCUCGUGUUUUAAAAUGAUCCUCAAGCAAAUGUUUGUGUCGUUUAACUAUUCGUGUUUGUUACACACUGUUCUUAUCCGCAUUGCGGUUUACUGUACCAUUUAUGAUAAUAUGUAGUUUAAGUUUUAGAUAAGCUUGAAUGAAAUAAAAUUAUAUUCUAGCUAA